CAUGCGCCGAGGGCUACUACUAGUACUGUUUGGGGCGUCAGUGUCGGCUCGCGACGACACGUGCGCGGUCGCGCCGGCCACGCGCCUCGACUGCUACCCGACGACGAAGCACUUUCCCAACGCGACCGAGGAGGCCUGCCGUGCCCAGGGCUGCUGCUGGGACGCGGCGCAGUCGAUCCCGUGUGCGUUUGGGCGGGUUCCGGAGCCGACGCCGGCGGCGUGCAGCGCCGUCGUUCCGUCGUCGCGCAUGGCUUGCCGCAACCCGCGCUACUUUUUGUCGCCCAACUCGGCAACCGAGUGCGCUCAUAUGGGCUGCUGCUUUGACACGACGUCGGGCGAGUGCUUCCAGCCGCGCACGACGGGCUACGAACUCGACACGGCGUCGUGGCACGAGACCGCCACGGGCUUCUCAGGCACACUGCGUCAGCCGGCAGGCGCGCGCGGGCCGUUUGGCAACGACAUUCGCACGCUUGCGCUGGAGGUGGACACGCAAGACGACUCUCGCGUCCGCGUCCGCAUCACGGACCCGACGUUUCCGCGCUUUGAAGUGCCCCUCAACAUCUCGGCAACACCGACGGCUGCCAUCGGCAACCGCGCCUACGACGUCCGCGUGACGUCGGCGCCGUUCGGGAUUGCCGUCGUUCGACGCGCAACGGGCGAGACGCUUUUCAACUCGACACCGACACCGACGGGAAAUGGCCUCAUCUUUGAGAACCAGUUUCUUGAGCUCUCGACGUCGACGCCGACGCAAGCGACAUUCUUUGGCCUCGGCGAGCACGUCGGAACGUUCUUGGCACCGGCGGACGGCGACCACUUUACGAUCUGGGCGCGCGACCAAGUAGCCAACAAGUACCACGCCCACACGCGCAACGGCAGCGACAACGUCUACGGCGUGCAUCCCUUCUACGUCCGGCGCGAAGCCACUGGCGCCGCCCACGGUGUCUUUCUCUUGAACGCCAACGCAAUCGAAGUCGUUGCGCAGCCGCAGUCGCUCACGUUCCGGACAGUCGGCGGCAUCCUGGAUUUCUUUGUGUUUGCGGGACCGACGCCGGCGGCCGCGGUCGCGCAGUACACGGGCCUCGUCGGCCGCCCGGCGCUGCCGCCGUACUGGGCGCUCGGGUACCACCUCUGCCGGUGGCAGAACCUCAAGAACCCGCACCCAGACCACCGCCUCUCGGACGUUGUGAGUACGCUCCAGCGCAUGCGCGACUUUGGCGUGCCGCACGACGGGCAGUGGACCGACAUUGACGCGAUGGACCGCAAGAUGGACUUUACGUGGAGCGACGACGCCUUCCCGAUCGCGGACGUCGUCGCGUUCAUUGACGACCUCCACGCCCACGACCAACACUAUAUCCCGAUUGUGGACGCGGGCAUCGCUGUGGCGUCGCCGGCGUACGCCGAUGGCGUCGCGUCGCAAGUCUUUAUGCGAGACCCCGGCAACGGUAGCUGGGAGCAGGACAAGGCGUGGCCGGGCAUGGUGGCCUUCACCGACUUUUACCACCCGAACGCGUCGGCGUUCUGGGAAGCCCAGCUCCGGUCCUACUAUGCGACGGCCCAAUACGACGGCAUCUGGCUCGACAUGAACGAGCCGAGCAGUUUUUGCACCGAGGGCGGGCGCGGCAGCCAGUCGUGCUUUCCGAAUGACACGUACGUCGCGCCGGCCUUUGUCAAGUCGGCCGACGUCAUGGGUCCGUUCGACCCGUACCGGCAGCCGUACGUGCCGGGGCAAAAGGUCGCAGCGACCGGCAACCUCGCGUUCAAGACCGCAGCCCUCGGCGCCCACCACGUCAACUCGAUCCACUACAACCUCCAUUCGCUCUACGGGCACGCCAACGUGAUGGCGACGCGCCAAGCCGUCGACCAUAUUCGGGGCAAGCGGACGCUCAUUCUGACGCGCUCGACGUACGCUGGCGACGGACAGUACGCGGCGCACUGGCUAGGCGACAACGCGGCGACGUGGACCGACAUGCGCCAGAGCAUCGCCGGCGUCUUGGCGGCCAAUGUCUUUGGGAUGCCGAUGGUCGGGCCGGACGUCUGCGGCUUCCGCGCCAACACGACGCGCGAGCUCUGUAUUCGGUGGCACCAAGCCGCCGUGCUCUUCCCGUUCAUGCGCAACCACAACGAAGCCGAGCGCGACCAGGCGCCCGUCGACUUUGACGUUGACGCGAUCGACAUGAUCAAGCAGACGCUUCUGAAGCGGUACGCGCUGCUGCCGGCGCUCUACACGGCGCUGUACCACGCCGCCGUCGACGGCGCGACGGUCGUCCGGUCGUUGUACUUUGAAUUCCCCGACGACGCGGCGACGGUGCAAAUCGAGUCGCAGUACCUCCUCGGGUCGUCGCUCCUCGUGGCGCCCGUGCUGACGCCGACGGCUACGAUGGUCGACGUCUACUUUCCAAAGGCGCUUUGGUUUGACCUCUGGAGCGGCGAGCGUGUGCAGACGACCGGUGGCCGCCGUGUCACAGUCGACGCACCAUUGGAGACCGUGCCCAUGUACCUCCGUGGCGGUGCCAUUGUGCCGCUGCAGGCACCGUCGACGACGACGACCGCAAGCCGCAAGAACCCUUUCAGCUUGAAGAUCGCGCUCUCCGCGACCGGGGAUGCCGUUGGCGACUUGUACAUGGACAGCGGCGACUCGAUCGACCCGCUUCGCACGGCAGCGUUCACGCGUCUUUCCUUUGGCGCCACCCAAGAGGCGAGCGGUGUCCUCAAGAUCACAUCGACGAUCACAGCGAGCGGCUACACGGGGCCCGAAACCAAGGUCCACCUCGAGACCAUCCAAGUGUACGGCGCCAAGGACGCUAUGACGUGGCAGGUCGACGGCGCCGAUGCCACGUGGAACGCUACGACUGGCGUCCUCACCCUCUCGGGCUUGGCGCUUCCCAUCGCCGAGCCCUUUACGCUGACGGUCCGUCCCAGUCACGAAGCGCCUAACGGCAGUGCAUCGUCGGUCGGUGCGUCGUGGAUUGUGUGGGUCGUCGUUGCCGGCAUCGUUGCCACGGCGCUCAUCGUUGUGCACCGCUGCUACCAGCGCCGUCAUGGCUACCGCCGUGUCGCCUAGUGAGUUGGCAUGGAAUCAGGAUAUCGUAAAUCGAGCGUACACUGUAGCAUCC